AUGAGCGACUUAAGACCUGAAUUAAGAUUUAGAGAUUUCCUUCAAGUUCUCAAAAAUGAGAAUGAUUUAAUAGAGAUAACCACUGAGUGCGACCCAAACUUGGAGGUAGGUGCUAUCAUGAGAAGAGUUUACGAAGAAAAGCUACCAGUGCCAUUAUUUAAAAACUUGAAGAAGGACAUUAAAAACCCAGAUCCUAACAAUUUGUUCGACAUUGCAGGCUGUCUUGGUGGUUUAAGAGAUGCAAAAAAAGGUAAUGAUCAUGCUAGAAUUGCUCAUCAUUUAGGGUUGGAUUCACAGACUCCUAUGAACAAGAUUAUUGACUACUUGAUAGAAGCCAAAACCAAGAAACCAAUUCCACCCAUUUUGUUAGAAGAUGCUUCGGCAGCUCCCUGUAAAAUGAACAAGAUUUCUGGUGAUAGGAUUAGGUUAAACGCAUUACCUGCACCUACAUUACACCAUGGGGAUGGAGGUAAGUAUAUUCAGACCUACGGAAUGUUUGUGUUACAAACACCUGACAAGAGCUGGACAAAUUGGUCAAUCGCCAGAGGAAUGAUUCAUGAUGACAAGCACAUAACAGGAUUGGUAAUUAAUCCGCAACAUAUUAGAAAGGUUGCUGAUAAAUGGGCUGAAAUUGGUAAGGGUGAUAGAAUUCCAUUUGCAUUAUGUUUUGGUGUGCCACCUGCGUCUAUUCUAGUUAGCUCAAUGCCCAUUCCAGAAGAUGCUACAGAAGCUGAUUACAUAGGUGCAUUAGUUGGCGAAUCGUUAAGCGUAGUUAAGUGUGAAACCAAUGAUUUGCAAGUGCCUGCUGAUUCUGAAAUGGUUUUCGAAGGUACCUUGAAUUUAAACAAGAUGGUUGAAGAAGGUCCAUUUGGAGAAAUGCAUGGAUAUUGUUUCCCUGGACAUGGACACCCUUGUCCAUUGUACGCCGUUGAAACCAUAACAUAUAGAGAUAAUGCUAUAUUGCCAGUUUCAAAUCCAGGUUUAUGCACAGACGAAACACAUACAUUAAUUGGUGGCUUAGUUAGUGCUGAAUGCAAACAGAUGGCUUUGGAGCACCCUAAAUUAAAAAAUGUUAUUAUGGAAGCAUUUACUCCAUAUGAGGGUGUGGCGCUUUGGUUAGCUCUUAAAGUGAAUACCACAGAGCUUGUUAAAUUGAACACCAAUAGUGAAGAAUUUUGUAAGCUUGUUGGUGAAUACUAUUAUAAUUCAAAACCAUGUUUCAUUAUUCAUGAAAUAAUCCUAGUUGGAGACGAUAUUGACAUAUUCGAUUUUAGAAAAUUAUUCUGGGCUUAUGCGACGAGACAUACACCCGGAGAUGACCAAUAUAUGUUUGAAGACUCUCGCUCUUUCCCAUUGGCACCAUUCAUCAGUCAAGGACCACGAAUUAAAACCUUAAAGGGAGGAAAUUGUGUAACAGAUUGUUUGUUUCCCAACCAAUACAAGCCUGAAGGUGUUAACUUCAUUACUUGUGAUUUUGAUGGCUAUGAUGAGUCCAUUAAAGAAAAGGUCUUGAAAAGCUGGUCCGAGUAUGGAUAUAAAUAG